CGGGCGGUGGCGCGCCUUGGGAGAAGCCGUGCGCGGUGUUUAUGAGCGCGCGGUGACCCAGGGACUGGAAUAAUGCGGUGUAGAUGGAGGCGCACACGCAUCUCCCUCCUGCUCUCCCCGACACACUCGGCACACACCACGAUGGGGAUGAAAUGAUCUCUGAACUGAAGCCUGUUUUCCAACCCCGGCUCUACGGAUCACCAGGAUGCGAGACAUGGAGCGUGUGUUUCUCUCCGGAUGGUACACGCUUCGCCUGGUCCGCAGGUUACGGAUUGGUCAGGGUGCUGCCGUGGCCUCUGCCUUCCAACCUUUAUGCUGCAGAUUCUAAGACCGAAGAGAAAAUGCUGGACUGUGGAGACAUAGUGUGGGGCAUGGGGUUUGGGCCACGUGUCUCCAACCGGGCAAAAUCCAUCCAUCAGCCUGCAAAAGUCCAAGAACUGCUGAUAGCAACAGGCCUCACUAACGGGACGAUCAAGGUGUGGGUCGUCUCCACUGGAAAGCUGUUGUUUAAUCUGACUGGCCAUCAGUCUGUUGUGAGAGAUUUGGUCUUUACUCCAAAUGGGAGUCUCACUCUGGUGUCAGCCUCCAGGGACAAAACGUUGAGAGUUUGGGACUUGACAAAGAAAGGGCCACCAUCCCGUGUGCUUACCGGUCCAAACAACUGGGUGUUUAAAUGUUCUGUUUCUCCAGACAGUAGUCUGAUUGCUUCAGUCUGUAACCUCGACACAAAAGUUUAUCUCUGGAGUCUUCGAUCCUUCACCUUUGUCAGGAACCUGAAAUACGAUCAGGAGCGUUCCAUGGUGUCCUGUGAUUUCUCUGCGGACGGAGCGCUGCUUGCGGUUGGGUCGUAUCGUGCAGUGACAGGAUGGUGGCUGGACCUGUGGGAUCCCUACACUGCAGAUCACCUGGUUAAAGUGGAGGAAUGUGAUCUGUGUGUAUACAGAAAUGACAACCUUAUGACGGCUUUGACGUUCUCUCCUGUUUUCCCUCAUCUGGCUUUUAAAGACUACAGGGCGUUACAGAUUUGGGACAUGGAACAAGACAAACUGGUUUUGGUGUCAGAUCGUAACCGGGUCAGCGGACUGUGCUGCGCUUUCCACCCACAAGGCAGCGCCAUUGCGACAGGGUGUCGAGACGGACACGUAAAGUUUUGGAGAGUCCCUCGUCUGGUUCCCAGCCUGCGGCAUUUAUGUCGCGUCGUGCUCAGGUACUCGGUGUCCACGUUCCAGGUGCAGGCGUUACCUCUCCCGAAGAAAAUUCUGGACUUCCUCACAUACAGAGACUUUCCUAAGAAUAAGAAAAAGAUCCUACGCUGCAGGGAACAUUACAGCUGAUAAACUGCUAUACGAGACUGCUUUUAUUGUAAAGCUUGAAAUAAAAUAAAAAAUGAAUAAAAAAAAAAGGAGAGGGGAAUAUAAUGAAAAUAAUGAGACUUCUUAAGAAAGACAUAUUUAUUUAAACAAUUUUACAUUAUAUAUAACUGCUGCUGUAACACUGGUACAUUUGAAUAGAUGUAAUGAACUUGAUUUUGUUCUGUA